GGAACAGUCUGCACGCAGCGAGCUUGACAGAUCUGAGUUAGACUUUGACCAAACACGGCUAGUUAAAGUUUAUGUGGCCAGGUAAUGUGAGAAGUGUCCUUCCUGCCCUCGUCUUCAGGAAGUGAACAAUACAGCUGAAGGCAUUCAAACUACAGAUUCCAUUCUGAGAUGACAGAACAGAGCAGGAGGGGGAAAAGUCUGAGGCAGGUCAGCGUUACCUCUCAGACUGACUGAAGUCAACAAAAUGAGUGUUUGUGGUGAGGAAGAGGAGGACGGAGCAGAGUCUCUAAUAUCCAACUGUCUGUCUAUGAAGAGUGACUUGUCUAAAGAUGAACCUCCAUACUUCAGUAAUGAACCUGGACCCCCAGACACAAAACGUCAGUACCACAGACAGAGAGCAGUGUCUCCAGUAUCCAGCUGUCUGUCUAUGAAGAGUGACUUUUCUAAAGAUGAACCUCCAUACUUCAGUAAUGAACCUGGACCCUCUGACACAAAACGUCAGUACCACAGACAGAGAGCAGUGUCUCCAGUAUCCAGCUGUCUGUCUAUGAAGAGUGACUUUUCUAAAGAUGAACCUCCAUACUUCAGUAAUGAACCUGGACCCUCUGACACAAAAGGUCAGUACCACAGACAGAGAGCAGUGUCUCCAGUAUCCAGCUGUCUGUCUAUGAAGAGUGACUUUUCUAAAGAUGAACCUCCAUACUUCAGUAAUGAACCUGGACCCUCUGACACAAAACGUCAGUACCACAGACAGAGAGCAGUGUCUCCAGUAUCCAGCUGUCUGUCUAUGAAGAGUGACUUUUCUAAAGAUGAACCUCCAUACUUCAGUAGUGAACCUGGACCCUCUGACACAAAAGGUCAGUACCACAGACAGAGAGCAGUGUCUCCAGUAUCCAGCUGUCUGUCUAUGAAGAGUGACUUUUCUAAAGAUGAACCUCCAUACUUCAGUAAUGAACCUGGACCCUCUGACACAAAACGUCAGUACCACAGACAGAGAGCAGUGUCUCCAGUAUCCAGCUGUCUGUCUAUGAAGAGUGACUUUUCUAAAGAUGAACCUCCAUACUUCAGUAAUGAACCUGGACCCUCUGACACAAAAGGUCAGUACCACAGACAGAGAGCAGUGUCUCCAGUAUUCAGCUGUCUGUCUAUGAAGAGUGACUUGUCAAAAGAUGAACCUCCCUACUUCAGUAAUGAACCUGGACCCUCAAAAUUAAGAAAGAGGAAGAGGAGUGGUGUUUCUGUAAAGGAGCAGCUGUCCUGCUGUUAUUUGUGUCAGAAUGUCCUGAAGGAUCCAGUCUCUACCAGCUGUGGACACUGGUUCUGCAGACAGUGCAUCACCUCAUACGGGAACCAGUCUGCUACAUCAGGAGACUCCUCCUGUCCCCAGUGCGGAAAAAGAUCCAGAACAGAAAGUGGUCUGCAGGAGGUUUUAGAUGAACAUAAGAUCAGUCUGAGGAGGAGAUGUGAAUGUGUGACUGAAGGAACUGAUGAAGCAGGAAGUGAAACCCUCCUCAACAGAAUCUACACUGAGCUCUACAUCACAGAGGGACAGAGUGAAGAUGUCAAUACCCAACAUGAGGUGAGGCAGCUUGAGACAGCUUCCAAGAUGAAGACUCUCCAUGACACUCCAAUCAAAUGUCAUGACAUCUUUAAAGUCUUACCCGACCAACAGAGACACAUCAGAGUCGUUCUCACGAACGGUGUAGCUGGCGUUGGAAAAACCUUCUCAGUGCAGAAGUUCACUCUGGACUGGGCAGAGGGCUUGGAAAACCAAGAUGUCAGUCUGGUGAUUCUGCUUUCUUUCAGGGAGCUGAACUUGAUCAAAGAUGAGCAGUACAGUCUCCUCAUGCUGAUCCAUGUUUUCCAUCCAACAUUACAGAAGGUCACAGCAGAGAAGCUCACUGUCUGUAAAGUUUUGUUCAUCUUUGACGGCCUGGAUGAAAGCAGACUCUCAUUAGAUUUCAAAAGCAGAAAGGUCAUGUCUGAUGUCUCACAGAAGUCAUCAGUCAACGUGCUGUUGACAAACCUCAUUAAGGGGAAGCUGCUUCCCUCGGCUCUCAUCUGGAUAACUUCCCGACCUGCAGCAGCCAAUCAGAUCCCUCGAACAUGUGUUGACAGGGUAACAGAAGUACGAGGCUUCACUGACGCUCAGAAGGAGGAGUACUUCAGGAGGAGAUUCAGUGAUGAAGAGCUGUCCAGCAGAAUCAUCUCACACAUCAAGACAUCCAGGAGCCUCCACAUCAUGUGUCACAUCCCAGUCUUCUGCUGGAUCACUGCUAUGGUUCUGGAGCACAUGUUGAUUACAGACCAGAGAGGAGAGCUGCCCAAGACCUUGACUGAAAUGUACUCACACUUCCUGCUGGUUCAGACAAAGAGAAAGAAGCACAAGUAUGAUGAGGGACAUGAGAUGAGUCCACAGGAGCUGACGGAGGCUGACAGGGAAGUUCUUCUGAAGCUGGGGAGGCUGGCAUUUGAACAUCUGGAGAAAGGAAACAUCAUGUUCUACCAAGAAGACCUGGAGCAGUGUGGUCUUGAUGUCACAGAGGCAUCUGUGUUAUCAGGAGUUUGUACAGAGAUCUUCAAAAGAGAGAGUGUGAUCUUCCAGAAAACAGUCUACUGCUUCAUUCAUCUGAGCAUUCAAGAGUUUCUGGCUGCAGUUUACAUGUACCACUGUUACACCAACAGGAAGACAGAGGUACUCCAGGACUUCCUGGGAAAAAACUACAGUUACUCAUCUCUGGAUGUCUUCCUGAGUAGAGCCAUGGACAAAUCUCUGGGAAGUAAAAAUGGCCACCUGGACCUGUUUGUUCGCUUCCUUCAUGGCCUCUCUCUGAAGUCCAGUCAGAGUCUCUUAGGCCUGCUGGGUCAGACAGAAAACAGUCCAGAUAUUAUCCAGAAAGCCAUCAACAAGCUGAAGCAGAAGAAGAUCAACAUCUCUCCUGACAGAAGCAUCAACAUCUUCCACUGCCUGAUGGAGAUGAAUGACCGCUUAGUACAUCAGGAGAUCCAAGAGUUCCUGAAGUCAGAGAACAGAUCAGAGAAGGAACUCUCUGACAUCCACUGCUCAGCUCUGGCCUACAUGUUGCAGAUGUCAGAGGAGGUCUUGGAUGAGUUGGACCUAAAUAAGUACAACACAUCAGAGGAGGGACGACUGAGACUGAUCCCAGCUGUGAGAAACUGCAGAAAGGCUCAACUUGUUAAAUGUCAACUCUCGACGACUCACUGUGAAGUUGUGGCCUCAGCUCUGAAGUCCAACCCCUCCCAUCUCAGAGAGCUGGAUAUGAGUGAAAACAGCCUGCAGGAUUCGGGAGUGACACUGCUAUCUGCUGGACUGGAUAGUCCAAACUGUAGACUGGAGACUCUGAGAUUGAGUUACUGCAAUUUGUCAGAGGUCAGCUGUGCUUCUUUGGCCUCGGCUCUGAAGUCCAACCCUUCCCAUAUGAGAGAGCUGGAGCUUAGUGGAAACAAGCUGCAAGAUUCAGGAAUGAAGCUGCUGUGUGACUUUCUGGAGAGUCCACACUGUAGACUGAAGACUCUGAGAUUGAACUGGGGCAAUUUGUCAGAGAUCAGCUGUGGUUCUCUGGCCUCAGCUCUGAAGUCCAACCCCUCCCAUCUGAGAGAGCUGCAUCUGAGUGACAACAAGCUGCAGGACCCAGGAGUGAAGCUGCUGUGUGAUUUUCUGGAGAGUAAGCACGGCAGACUGGAGACUCUGAGAUUGAGUCACUGCAGUUUGUCAGAGAUCAGCUGUGCUUCUCUGGCCUCAGCUCUUAGGUCCAACCCCUCCCAUCUGAGAGAGCUGCAGCUGUGCUACAACAAGCUUCAGGAUUCAGGAGUGAAGCUGCUGUGUGAUUUUCUGGAGAGUCCACACUGUAGAAUGGAGACUCUGAGAUUGAGUUCCUGCAGUUUGUCAGAGAUCAGCUGUGCUUCUGUGGCCUCAGCUCUGAAGUCCAACCCCUCCCAUCUGAGAGAGCUGGAUCUCAGAGACAACAACAAGCUGCAGGAUUCAGGAGUGAAGCUGUUGUCUGAUCUUAAGGAGAGUCCACACUGUAGACUAGAGACUCUGAGAUUGAGUGACAGCAGUUUGUCAGAGACCAGCUGUGCUUCUCUGGCCUCAGCUCUGAAGUCAAACCCCUCCCAUCUGAGAGAGCUUGAUCUGAAUGACAAAAAGCUGCAGGAUUCAGGAGUGAAGCUGCUGUGUGAUUUUCUAGAGAGUCCACACUGUAGGCUGGAGACUUUAAGAUUGAGGGGCUGCAAUUUGUCAGACAUCAGCUGUGCUCCUCUGGCCUCAGCUCUAAAGUCUAACCCCUCCCAUCUGAGAGAGCUUCAACUGAGUAACAACAAGCUGCAAGAUUCAGGAGUGAAGCUGCUGUGUGAUUUUCUGGAGAUUCAACACUGUAGACUGGAGACUCUGAGAUUGAGAUCCUGCAAUUUGUCAGAGAUAAGCUGUGCUUCCCUGGUCUCAGCUUUGAAGUCCAACCCUUCCCAUCUGAGAGAGCUGGAGCUGAGCUACAACAAGCUGCAAGAUUCAGGAGUAAAGCUGCUUUCUGAUCUUAAGAGGAUUCCACACUGUAGACUGGAGACUUUGAGAUUGAUUGACUGCAGUUUGUCAGAGAUUAGCUGUGCUUCUCUGGCCUCAGCUCUGAAGUCCAACCCCUCCCAUCUGAAAGAGCUGUAUUUGAGUGAAAACGAGCUGCAGGAUUUAGGAGUGAAGCUACUGUGUGAUUUUCUGGAGAGUCCUCACUGUAGACUGGAGAAUCUGAGAUUGCAUCAUUGCAGUUUGUCAGAGAUCAGCUGUGCUUCUCUGGUCUCAGCUCUGAAGUCCAACCCCUCCCAUCUGAGAGAGCUUGAAUUGAGUGAAAAUGAGCUGCAGGAUUCAGGAGUGAAGCUGCUGUGUGAUUUUCUGGAGAGUCCACAAUGUAGACUGAAGACUCUGAGACUGUGGUCCUGCAAUUUGUCAGAGAUCAGCUGUGCUUCUCUGGCCUCAGCUCUGAAGUCCAACCCGUCCCAUCUGAGAGAGCUGGAGCUGACCUUCAACAAGCUUCAGGAUUCAGGAGUGAAGCUGCUGUGUGAUUUUCUGGAGAGUCCACACUGUAGACUGGAGAAUCUGGGGUCAGACACCAUUCUUUACUUCUGUGCUGAGAUUAAUAUGUUUUGAAAACUGUGGUGACACUAAACUGCAGACAUAAGGUGCU